CUUCUACAUUAUUAUAAUACUUCUUUAUUCAAAUUGUCCCCAAUAAUUCUAUGAUCAAUUGUUCAUCUAAUGAGUUUAUUUUGUAUUCUUUUUUUUCAGGAAUUGGACUUAUUCACCUAAUGCUUUUUAGUCAUGAAAAUUCCACGACCGAACUAUAAAGAAAUACGAUAUAUCCAGUUUGUUUCAAUUAUUGAACCAAUUAUAGAGUCCUUAUAUCUCUUUAUAAAAUCAUCAACCAAGUGAUUAGAUCGACAAGUCUAAGUGACCAUCCACUUUAUUUUAAAACACUUUAUUUCCUCGGAAAAUCUAAGCCGGAGUUGCAAGAGAGCUUAGAAAAUGGAUGUUGCGGCUGAGAAAGUUGACGCCAUGAGGAGGUUCGAGGGUACGAGAAUUUUUUUGAACUUUCUUCCGGCAGUUGAAGCUCUAGUUGCCGUGUUACUUCUACUCUAUUGGUUAACGUCAACUUUCUUCGCCGGUGAGUAUCUCCGGCGUAUUAUUUCCAGUGGUAUGACCGGCGCCGGAAUAUACAUAUUUGGCGUCGUGAACGUUCUCGUUGCCCUGAUCUUCUCUUUAUCUAACCACCAGAAGCUAACCGAACACGAUCUGUAUUUUCAAUACGUUUCCUCCUCCUCCGCCGUAGUAUCACAAUCUUUGGCAUCUGAUAGCGAAGAAAAGACUUCAGAAGGAAUGCCGGGUACGGAACUUACCUCCGUUAGUCUAACCGUCGGAGAGGCUCGACCGUUGAGGCGAGAGAUGGUUCGGGCGGUCAGUUCUGUGGGGGAGACAGCUCAUGCUAUAAGGAGGAAGCAAGAAAUGACUUUUCUGCCUCCAGCUACUACUGAGAGUACUGCUACUGAUCAUCAGGUUUACAGAAGGUCGAAAUCGGAGAGGAUUGACGUGCGGGGAGAUUUACGCCGGAGUAUGAGACGGUUGUGCGAUAUGGAUGAUCUGAGCAGUGAUGAGUUUAGGUCAACGGUGGAGACGUUUAUAGCCGGAAAAAAAAAGAUGUUGUCGAAGGAAUGGGUUAAGCCGUGACUUAUUAUAACGAGGAACACUUUUGUUCGCCUUUAAUUUAACGUUCAAUUUGGAUGUAUAUAUUUCUUGGGAUGAUUAGUGACAGUCAUAUCUACGUGAGUCUUAGCAUAUUCCUACGAAACUAUAAAUGAAAACUUUUGUGUACGUUCACUUAUCUUAAACAUUUCCCUAAACAAAACGUA